CCGCUGGCUUUCUUGCAGAAAAGCAUAAACAUCUACGCGUGUAUACACAUAUCUUCGUAGCUCUUGGGCAUCAGCAUGGCGGACGUGAUGUCGAUGGAGGAAAUACAGGCCACUGCCGCUCGCCUCAACAUCGACCUCGAUUCUCUCGAUCUUGAUUCUAUCCGCCUGCCUGCCGGAGAAACAUUCGGCAUCAUAAGUGAUGAUGAGGAUUUGAAGAAGGAAGAGGAUUUCGAAUUUGAAGAGGGUUUUGGGAACAUAAUAGUGGUGGACAAUUUGCCGGUGGUGCCGAAAGAGAAGUUUGAGAAGUUAGAAGGAGUGGUUCGGAAAAUAUACAGUCAAAUUGGUGUUAUCAAAGAGGAUGGUCUCUGGAUGCCGGUCGAUCCCGACACUCAGAAAACCCUAGGAUACUGCUUCAUUGAGUAUAACACUCCUCAGGAAGCUGAAUUAGCGAAGGACAAGACCCAUGGAUACAAACUGGAUCGAUCUCACAUAUUUUCUGUUAAUAUGUUUGAUGAUAUUGAGAAGUUUUUAAAGGUCCCAGAGGAAUGGGCACCUCCAGAAAGCAAGCCGUAUACUCCAGGGGAGAAUCUCCAAAAAUGGCUUAUGGAUGAAAAAGCCCGUGACCAAUUUGUGAUCCGAGCUGGCACUGAUACUGAGGUCUUGUGGAAUGAUGCAAGGCAAUCAAAACCAGAGCUUGUUUACAAAAGAUCUUAUUGGACAGAAAGUUUUGUUCAGUGGUCUCCACUUGGGACUUAUUUGGCCACAGUACACAGGCAGGGUGCUGCAGUUUGGGGUGGUGCCACUACUUUCAACAGAUUGAUGCGUUAUCAGCAUUCCCAGGUAAAACUGAUAGACUUUUCACCUGGUGAGAGAUUUCUGGUGACUUACAGCAGCCAGGAGCCUAGUAAUCCCCGUGACACCCAUAGGGUUGUGAUUAACAUUUUUGAUGUAAGAAGCGGAAAAGUGAUGAGAGAUUUCAAAGGUAGCGCCGAUGAAUUUUCUAUUGGUGGAACUGGAGGUGUCAGUGGCGUGUCUUGGCCCGUUUUCAGGUGGGGUGGUGGAAAAGAAGAUAAGUACUUUGCCAGAAUAGGAAAGAAUGCUGUGUCUGUUUAUGAAACUGAAACCUUUGGUCUUAUUGACAAGAAAUCUAUAAAGGUAGAAAAUGUUGUUGACUUUAGUUGGUCACCUACAGAUUCCAUUCUUGCGCUUUAUGUGCCUGAGCUGGGCGGAGGAAAUCAACCUGCAAGGGUGAGUCUUGUGCAAAUCCCAAGCAAAGAAGAGUUGAGGCAAAAGAAUCUCUUCAGUGUCAGUGAUUGUAAGUUAUACUGGCAAAGUAAUGGGGACUAUCUUGCUGUUAAAGUUGAUCGUUACACAAAAACGAAGAAAAGCACAUAUACUGGCUUUGAGCUUUUCAGAAUCAAGGAAAGGGACAUACCUAUUGAGGUUCUAGAGCUCGAAAAUAAGAAUGAUAAGAUUAUUGCCUUUGCUUGGGAGCCAAAAGGCCACAGAUUUGCAGUUAUUCAUGGUGAUAAUCCAAAGCCUGAUGUGAGUUUCUACUCGAUGCGUAGUGGGACUAACACUGGCCGAGUUUCAAAGCUCACUACCCUCAAGGGCAAGCAGGCCAAUGCUCUUUUCUGGUCUCCAGGUGGCCGUUUUAUUAUUCUUGCUGGGUUGAAAGGUUUCAAUGGACAGUUGGAGUUUUAUAAUGUGGAUGAGCUUGAGACCAUGGCUCAAGCUGAGCAUUUCAUGGCUACAGAUGUUGAGUGGGAUCCUACUGGAAGGUAUUGUGUGACAGCAGUCACCUCUGUUCAUGAGAUGGAAAAUGGUUUCAAUGUGUGGUCCUUCAAUGGGAAACUGCUCUACCGAAUCCUCAAGGAUCAUUUCUUUCAAUUUUUGUGGCGCCCAAGGCCUCCGUCUUUCUUGACAGCUGAGAAGGAAGAAGAGAUUGCUAAGAACUUGAAGAAAUACAGCAAGAAAUACGAAGCUGAGGAUCAAGAUGUUUCUAUGUUGCUGAGUGAGCAGGACCGUGAGAAGAGAAAGAUGUUGAAGGAAGAGUGGGCUAGGUGGAUAAGUGAAUGGAAGCGAUUGCACGAAGAAGACAAGUUGGAGAGACAGAAGCUGCGUGAUGGAGAAGCAAGUGAUGAGGAAGAAGAGUACGAAGCGAAGGAGGUUGAAAUAGAGGAAUUGUUGGAUGUUUCAGAAGAAGUUAUCUCUUUUGACUAAUGUUGAUGUGAAUUUUGUGGCAUGGUGAAUCAGUCCUUGGUGAAAGGGUAUCAUUAGAUUUUGUACGGCUUGUUUAACAAAGAUAAGUUGAUUUUUGUACCAUUUCGACAUAGAGAAUUUGCUUUGUGGCAGGUGUUUUUUAUUUGGAUUUGAUAGCAUUCUUUUUUAGUUCA